CUUGGGGUCGACGAAGCAUCAUCAACUCGAACAUGAACGCUCUGGUGGUCCUGAUGGCAGUGCUGGCGGCCGCCGCGGCGCGCCCCCAGUUCGCGGCCUACACCCCUCUGGGGCUGCGGCCCGUGCUGGCGACUGCCCGCCCGCCCGUGCUGCUGGACCGGCCCGUGAUCGUGCCGCGCCCCGUCGCGCCAGUGGCGCCCAAGCCGGUGGUGCCGGUGGCUCGCCCGGUGCCGGUGGUGCCGGUGGAGCCCUUGCGCCGCCUCAGCCCCGACCAGCCCAUCCUCAUCCUCAAGCAGGCGCAGGACCAGGGCAUCGACGGCUCCUACUCCUACAGCUUCGACACUGAGAACGGCAUCACCGCGCAGGAGGUCGGAACCCUAGCCAACGUGGGGGCCAAGGAGCCCGUCAUCAUCGCCGACGGCUACUACAGGUACACCUCUCCCGAGGGCAUCCCCAUCGAGGUGAAGUACGUGGCCAACGAGAACGGCUUCGUGGCGCAGGGCGCCCACCUGCCCACCCCGCCGCCCAUCCCGGAGGCCAUCCUCAGGUCUCUGGAGUUCAUCGCUGCCAACCCUCCGGCACCGGAACGCUCCAGCCGCACGUAGAGGGCGCUCUCUCUCUCACUCUCACUCGCUCGCUCUUCCCUUCGACCCCUCGACAAGUGUGCACUCGGCAACCGGCAACCGGCAACCAGCAACCAGCAACCAGCAACCAGCAAUGGGUCGCGUGGCCUCUGUACAUACAGCUCCGCACAUCGUAGACCACGCGGCUCUCGGGUCCUCGAUCAGUGAGACCUCGAGAGUUGUUUGUACUGCUUUUUUUUAUCAAUGUAAAAAAAACAUAAAAACAAAAAAAUAAACAUAUACGCAUUUACUAGUCCAAA